AUGAAGGCACAGGUUAAAGAUUUCUAUAUUAGUUCACUCAGGGUCUUUAGGAAGUACUGCUCCUUUAUUGGACCGGGUCUUAUGAUAGCUGUGGCCUACAUUGACCCUGGUAACUAUGCUACAGGUAUUAGUGGUGGUGCUUCUAACGAAUACAGUUUAUUAUGUGUCGUCCUGAUGAGUAAUAUUAUAGCAAUUUUCCUCCAAAGUCUUUGCAUCAAGUUGGGAUCUGCUACAGGAUAUGAUCUGUCGCGUUGCUGUCGGGAACACCUUCCAUCAUGGAUGAAUAUCGUCAUCUAUGUCUUCGCAGAAGUUGCCAUCAUUGCUACAGAUUUAGCAGAGGUCAUUGGUUCUGCAAUUGCAUUGAACAUCCUUAUCAGAGUUCCUCUUUGGGCCGGUGUGUUGCUGACAGUUAGUGACGUUUUGCUGGUGAUGAUGGCCUGGCGUCCAGGAGCAUCGAUGAAAUUUGUGCGAGCAUUCGAAUACUGUGUGGCAGCUUUGGUGCUAAUGGUAGUUGUUUGCUUCUGUAUUGAGCUGAGCUACUUGCCACCAACAGCUAACGCACGUUCCAUCUUCAGAGGAUUCGUCCCUUCUAAACAGAUUUUCGAAAACAACGGUAUUUUCACAGCUGCGUCGAUUCUUGGUGCCACGGUGAUGCCUCACUCUCUUUUCUUGGGGUCAGGGUUAGUGCAACCCCGUCUACGUGAAUAUGAUGUGAAACAUAACAUUGUGGCCGCCCCUGCUGCCACGGAAAAGUCAGAGUUUGAAGAGAGCUACUACUCAUACAAACCAUCCGUCCAGGCAAUCAAGUAUGCCCUCCGGUUCUCUAUCGUGGAACUGACGGUAACCCUGUUCACUUUGGCUCUUUUUGUGAACUCAGCUAUUCUUAUCAUUGCUGGUGCUACUCUUUACGGCACUGAAGAGGCUGUUGAUGCAGACUUGUACGACAUUCACUCUCUCCUCUCCCGAACAAUCGCCCCAGUGGUGGGAACUAUCUUCAUGUUGGCUCUGCUUGCCUCAGGUCAAUCAGCUGGAAUCGUUUGUACUAUGGCAGGUCAGAUUGUGUGCGAGGGACAUUUCAACUGGAGCAUGAAACCGUGGCAACGUCGUAUCGUCACGAGGUCAAUAUCUAUCGUUCCUAGUUUGGUUAUCGCAAUCGCAAUCGGCCGUCAAGGAUUAUCUGCUGCAUUAAACGUUUCCCAAGUCAUCUUGUCCAUUACCCUGCCAUUCCUGACAGCCCCAUUGAUUUACUUCACUUGCUGCAAAAAGUUCAUGGUUGUCACAACCGGAGACCAAGUGCUAGACCUUACAAACAACUGGCUAACCGUUACUGUUUCGUUCACCCUUUGGGUAUUAAUUUCAGUUAUCAACGUUUACGCAUUGGUCGAAUUGGGCCGCAACGGUUUGUAG